AGGGUCGGUUGGUCGUCGCCGUCGGAGGUGUGCCCCGAGUUUGCCUCGCCGUCGCUGCCACCCGGCCCCUGCAGCCACGCCCCUCGCCUUGGCCCAGGCGCUCUCCCCGCCCGUCUCCCCUUGGUCACCCCCCCCACCCCCGGUUUCUGCCGUCGGGGCCCCGGGGCUGGGCUAAUGAUGCCGUCGGAGAGUGGAGCUGAGAGCCGGGACCAGGCAGCCGCGCAGGUGGGGACGGCUGCGGCCUCGGCGGUGGCCACGGCCGCCCCGGCAGGCGGCGGCCCCGACCCGGAGGCCUCCUCGGCCUCCCUCGGACGGCACCUGAGUGGGCUGGGCUGGCCACAGGUGAAGCGACUGGACGCGCUCCUGAGCGAACCCAUUCCCAUUCACGGGCGCGGCAACUUCCCCACUCUGAGCGUGCAGCCCCGGCAGAUUGUGCAGGUGGUCCGCAGCAGCCUGGAGGAGCAGGGACUACGAGUGCAUGGGGUGCGGUUACACGGCUCUGCUGCCAGCCAUGUGCUGCACCCAGAGAGUGGCCUGGGCUACAAGGACCUGGACCUGGUGUUCCGUGUGGACCUGCAUGGGGAGGCGUCUUUCCAGCUGAUCAAGGAGGUAGUGCUGGCCUGCCUGCUGGACUUCCUGCCGGCCGGUGUGAACCGAGCCAAGAUCACUCCACUGACACUCAAGGAGGCAUACGUGCAGAAGCUAGUGAAAGUGUGUACCGACACGGACCGCUGGAGCCUCAUCUCGCUGUCCAACAAGAGUGGCAAGAACGUGGAGCUCAAGUUCGUGGACUCGGUCAGGCGCCAGUUUGAGUUCAGUAUAGACUCCUUCCAGAUCAUCCUGGACUCCCUGCUGCUGUUUGGCCAGUGCUCAUCCACCCCCAUGUCUGAGGCCUUCCACCCAACGGUGACAGGCGAGAGCUUGUAUGGGGACUUUGCCGAGGCCCUGGACCACCUGCGGCACCGUGUCAUCGCCACGCGCAGCCCCGAGGAGAUUCGUGGCGGUGGCCUCCUCAAGUACUGCCACCUCCUGGUGCGGGGCUUCAGGCCAAGGCCCAGCACCGACGUGCGCGCCCUGCAACGUUACAUGUGCUCCCGCUUCUUCAUCGACUUCCCGGACCUGGUGGAGCAGCAGCGCACACUGGAGCGCUACCUGGAGGCCCACUUCAGUGGGGCCGACUCAGCCCGCCGCUACGCCUGCCUGGUGACACUACACCGCGUGGUCAAUGAGAGCACUGUGUGCCUCAUGAGCCAUGAGCGUCGCCAGACACUGGACCUCAUCGCCACCCUGGCGCUCCAGGCACUGGCUGAGCAGGGCCCGGCCACGGCAGCCGCCCUGGCCUGGCACCCCUCGGGCCCCGACGGGGUUGUUCCCACCACCGUGAGUUACUACGUGACUCCUGUGCAGCCCCUGCUGGCUCGGGCCCACUCCUACCCCACCUGGCUGCCUUGUAACUGACUCAGACCCUGGCCAGAAAGUACUGGGCCCACGCUGAUGGAGCGGGGCCUCCAGGAGUGUGCAGAGGAUGCCACCAGAAACAGGCAGCCUGUGCUGAGUGGCCCAGCACUGCUGCAAGGUUGGGCCUUUGACUGAACACACUGGACCCCACUCAUCCCCAAGUGAGGCCCCCAUGGGCUUAAGGCCAAGCUGAGGUUCUUGAUUGGCCUUUGGGUUAUUGCACCCCACUUUGGAGCAGCAUAACUAUGGGGUGUGGGGGCUCUUUGUCUUGGGGGUCAAUUGCCUUCAGGAGACAAAACCUGUUUGGGGUGAUAGCCUCAAUGCUCAUCAUCUUAGGCUGAUUUCUGUGGCCUAGAAAGGGUCUUUUUGGGUAAAGCCAGCCCAUAGUGAUCCCAGCAGCCUCUGAAGACCUACAGCCCACACAAUAGCUAAAAUAUGGUAUGUUAUACAAACUACUCACUUUGGAUUGAGCCAGGCCCCUAAGAGGGCCUGGCGAUCCAACCUGAUUAAUCACUGGGAGGAGGGAAACUGAGGCAGGAGGCAGCUACCUGGGUUUGCAGAGGGAUAAGUUUAGCCCAGAUUCCAAACACCCCUACCCCAAGCUGUCGAGGUUUGUGGUGAGCAAGAGCCAAGCUGCCAGGGGUGGGACACAGCCCAUGCCCUUUCUGGACUGUUGCUCUCUUCCUCUGUGUUGUGAGGAUCCCUCUGUCUAGAAGCUUGUUCUUCAAAGGGUGCUGGGCCCAGAAUGGCCACAGUCAAGUGCUCCCACCCCACUGGCCUGGUUACAGGGUCUGCACUUGGAGGAAGGGAACCAUGCCCCCCACCUCCUUUCCCAUCCCUCUGGAUUUGUCACCAUUUUGCACUCUUAACACCUGCCAAUAAAGAUUGUCUACACUAAA